AUGAACACAUUAGAUCAGCAACUUCUUGAGAUAUGGUUUCUUUAUACCAUUGGCAUCGUCAUGAUAGCCGCACGCGUGUUUUGUCGCACAAAGCUCGUGGGCUAUAGAAAUUAUGAUUGGGACGACUAUCUUGUCGUCCUUGCCGGAUUCUUUUGGACUGCUGCAGUCCUAUUCGGACGAAUAUUUAUCCAAGACGCCAAAGGACGACAUACCUCCGAUCUAGACUUCGAGCAACGGAAGAACAUGGACAAAAAGGACUAUGAGAAAUGGGCAUAUGGCUCCCAGAUGUUCUUGGUCAGCCUAUUACUCUAUGUCGUUAUCCUCUGGAUUCUCAAGUUCAACAUGCUUUGCCUUUAUAAACGUGUUGUACGUGGACUGUGGACAGAACGGUUUGUCAGGCCUUUGAUGGUCCAAGUGGUGGUGUCUCUGAUCAUCAUCAUUUUGACUCUGGCUCUGACAUGUCGGCCAUUGAAACAGAUAUGGCAGGUUUGGCCUGAUCCUGGGCCACAAUGUGUUCCUCAAAACUUGACCUUUUUCAUUUUAAUCCUGUCUUUCAACCUGAGUACAGACAUUUGUAUCAUUUUGAUCCCAAUCCCAGUUGUUCUUGGUAUCCAAGCAAACCCUUUGAAAAGAUUCUGCCUCUGGCUUUUAUUUAGUCUUGGGUUCCUUUGCAUGUCUGCUGCGAUUCUACGAUUCGUGGCUGUGUUCAAAUUGAAUCAGCAUGGUGGAUCAGUUAUGUGGUCUCUACGUGAGGACUGCAUAGGCAUAUUUGUCGGUCAAGCGCCUAUGAUCAGGCCUCUUUUCAAACGUCGGUUUUGGAACACGGCAAGGCCUGCAACCUCCAACGCAGGCGUUUGGGGGAAGAACGGACAUUUGCAACAUAUCCAACAUCAAGUUGAAAGCCAUGAACUAUAUUGGUUAACGCGUAAGCCCAACUCCAGGGGGCGAUGCCCACUCUCAACAACUAGCAUCCAGUCUAUGACGGAAAGCCAAGAGCAGAUUGUGGAUGGAGAUAAGGGACUAAUUGCAACACCAGAACCACGUUAUGAUCCUUCAAACGGUAUUGUAGUCGAACGGCGAGUCGACAUUGAGGUAGCUGGGGGUUCAUAUACAGUUGUUGCGCAAAGGUCAGCGGUGGCAAUAGGACAGAGGCAUGGUUAA